AUGUGCGCAGCAUACAGCUUCGCAACCUUCGUCAUCGCUUUUUCCGCCCUCACCUACGCGAGCGGCGCGGUGCAAGUGCAAUACGUCUCAUAUCCAAGGGUGUCGGUCCUACAGACUUUAUCGUCGAGAUUGUCUGCUGACGUUUUGACGAAGCCUGUUACGAUCAAGAUUCGCAAAGGCAAUCCGAUUAUCUUUGAGACCAUCGCUACGUUGACGACUUCUGCUACCGGUAUGACUUUUGUGUGGACAGUCGAUUCUUUCCUACAAAAUGGGGACGACAACUUGCUAGAAAUAUACCAAGAUGCAGUUAACCCGAACUACAGCUCGCUCAUUACGCUCACUAGUGGGACUAAACCCUCAGACACGCCUUCGCCUUCGACACCAAGUCCUUCGCAAACUCCAUCCCCACUGCCCACGUCACGUUGCGGCACCGUUACCUCAGCUUCAGCAGCAGACAUUUCGUCGAUUACUUCUCCUACGACAACGAGCUCAGCAGCAAGCACAUCAACAUCAGGGGGUUUGACAACAGGCGCAGAGGCUGGUAUAGGUGUUGGAGCCUCAAUUGCAGGCUUAGCCUUAGCACUUGGUGCGUUCUUUCUUGGCAUAGCCGUUAGAAAGAAGAACAAGGCAUCGCUCGAUACCGAGUCAGGCAGCGGCAUUGGUAAACCGGAGCUGGAUGGAAAAGAGAUACACAGGCACGAGGUCACUGCCGAACUUGAUGGCGAUUCUGCUGCAGUCCAUGAGCUAAAUAGUUCAAUUGGAACCGAGACGAGACGGAAACCGGAAGAGUUGGUGGAUCAACAACGUCAAGCGGUCCCCGUUGUUGGGAGGAGCGAACUGGAUAGCGCAUCAAAUGAGCGAACCCCUCCCGAACAUGCAGAGCUGAGUGGGGAUGCAGUCAGCGCAGAGAUCGACUCGCGACCUGUAGUUCCUCCGCCGCAGGAUCUUCCCACCACCGAAAAGGAAGGGAGGAGUGCGGUAUCGCCCUUGAAGGAGGGCAUUCCUCCUGAGAUUGACCGACGGAAUACCUAUGAUGACCCCCAAUUGACUCAGAGCCCUUGGGCUCAGGAUACGGCCGAUUCACAGAACCACCCAGUAGAGGACUACGGCAAGGUGGAUGGGGGACCAAAUGUCACCGACGCGUUGACAGCUUUCGGCGUAGAUACGAGGAAGGCGAAUGAGGGAGGGAAGAGCUUUGUUUUCCGCUACAGGCACACCAAGGAGACGAAGCAUGGUGAGGUGACGUAUUUCCCCACAAACGCCCACUUCCACACGAUCGUCAAUGCCGACGACGGCGUACUCAUCGCCUGGUACAAAUACAGCCCCAAAUACAGCCCCAAAUACAAAGGCGCCGAGCAAAACCCUCCCGUCACCGUCCUCCCCAAACUAAAGAACUGGUGCGACAUCGCCUUCCUAGCCUUCAAGCACCACGCCACAACCCGCAAUACCGAUAUCUUCAAGCUCCGCUACAUCUUCAACUAUACUUGGACGGAUAGAGAGGAAAUAGGGCCGGAAACGAAUGAGUAUAAUGCGCUGGUUGCUAGUCAGAAUGGAAGGGGUGCCGCGCUGAUGCUUAGUUCGCAUAAGAAGGCUUCUGGGGAGACGAAGAUGGUGGAGAGUGUGGCGGUUUGGUGUACGUUUACGCAUGGGAUGCCUGAGGUUAAUAUGCUGUUUACGGUCAGUGAGAAGAAUUGGGAAGAAAAGAAGGAUCUAGUGGAGGAGGGUCCGGAUGACGACGGCCCGGAUGACGAAGACCGGCAUGUUGGCGACAAAGUGAGGAGGAGGGUUCAUCGAUCCAAGAUGGUAUCGAGGAACGAGCACUAA